GCACUCCGCCCAAUUCCAGCCUCCGGAAGCUAACGUGGAAACACUGACAUUUACCGUCUUCCGUUUGUUUAGUAACCGUGACAGCGGACCGGACAGCAGACGGCCCGUCGGUAGGAACGGGAGCGGUUCAAGGAAAACAACGUAUCCUCGAAAAUAAACUUCAGGAAUAAGACUCCCAAAAUAAAAAGAAAAGAGAGAAAAAUUACCAUGAUGUGUCACAGCUUGGAGCUGUUCGUGUUGAGCUGCCUCUUUCUGACGGUGGAAUCCCAACAAGGCCCCAUCUUACCACCACAAAAUGUGUCCCUGAAAUGGAUUAGUGAUUUUGACCCACAGUUGUCCUGGGCACCACCACCGCAUUCAGUAGAAAACUGUACAUAUGAGGUACAUGCCAACACCAAAUGCCCUGACGACUCUAAAUCAGACGAGGUCUCAGGUCAAUCCUGGCAGUUGUACUUUGUGAUGGAUGGAGGAUUUCUGGAAAUGGCGGUUGAAACCGUCUGCGGCAAAAAUGUCAGUGAGCUGCAGGUUAAGGUCAACGUCGACUACCCAGUGCUGGUGAGGGAUUGGGAGUGCUACAUCUACUCCGCCACACAAACCUACUGCUCCUGGCACGCAGCCAGCCAAGCUCAAGAUCUCAGGUUCUUUUAUUGGUUAACGAAUGAGAAUUUCCUGGGACCUGUUGUCGAGAAGCCCUCUUCACGUCCCAUACUUGAGUGCCCAUCGUACCUUUACAAUGGUGACGUCAGGAUUGGUUGUGAACUGGAGGCCAACGUACACCACUCCAUCGACAUCUUGUUUAAUGGGACGCUGAACGACACGUUUGCCAGGAACACCUAUAAGAUUAUGAGCAUUAAAGUGCAACCUCCUCCCCUUAACUGGACAGUCAAUAAAACUACGGAUCAUUUCGUUAUUGAGUGGACCCCUCCUGACAUUCCACUGACUUGGACUUAUAUAAUUUAUUACACUGAGUGUGGUCAACCAAAGAUCACACCGGAUAUUACAGAAAAUCCAUAUAACUUGUCCCUGAACCCUGGCUGUCAGUACCGUAUGACUAUCAAAGCAAGUACGACGAGAGGAGAGACACUAGAGAGUGACGAGAAGUAUUUCGAUAGAGACACGGAUCCUAAUGCAUGGCUGUACGCUGCCAUUCUCAUCCCAUUGAUGCUUGCUGGCCUGGCUGCCCUGAUGUUUGUGUGUUGCAGGAAGAAUAAGGAAUAUAUUUUCCCCAAAGUACCAGAACCCCGGGACCUCCUCAGCUAUAUUUCUAACAACAACAACAACGAGAGCACUGUUCACAAGCUGUACGUCCCGCCAGAGGAAGAGGACAACUGUAAAAUCACUCUGGUGGUUGAUGCCCUCAUCAACAGACUGGACUUCUGACACAUCAUCUGCAGUGGCAACACAUUCAAUCUGCAAAAUCUCCCAAAAAUUCUUGUUUCCCAAUACUGGCUCAACACAAAAAUGUGGAGAUUUAACUGAUGAAUCCAAGAGAUUGAUCGCUUGUAGGCUCGACCUUCACGUCUUUAGAAAAACCACAUGGUCUGCACAGAUUCAACCGCAGCGUUGUGGCCUGAUUGUUUGAUGCCUGCCUGGACAAACGUCAGGGGAACACUUGUGCCCUCUUGCACAAUCUUAUAACUGAGGCCUUGUUACAUGUUUCAGGGAGCUCUCCCUAUAGGAUCUCACUGAUAGAGUUUACUGUGCUGGGCACAGACACUUUUUAAAAUAUGUCAUAGAGUAAAGAGAUUUUUUAGCUUUGAGUUAUCUUUGUUUUAACCCUUUAUGUGCCGCCUAAGACCACAUGACAGUAGUUGCACAUUGAAGCCUGCUGAUCUACUUAAAGUCGUUGGCCUUGCUGGAUCUGAGGUCUGAGAUUGCCCAAGUUAUGCUUUAACUUCUCCAAUGAAUGCAUUUGUUUCCACGUUUAGUGCAGCUGUGAGGUGUUUGUAGAGCUGAUGAAAUACUGAUGUGUCAAUAAUGGUGUUGUACAAGCAAAAAGGUUGAAUAUUUUGUUGAUGUGCCCAGACUGGCUUCUGCUUUGUGCUUUCAUUUUGUCACUUCCUUUGAUAGUUUUUCAAUAAAACAAACACAACAGAUAUGUUACA